CCAAAUACUUUGUUACUCCCAUCUCCGACGAGUCACCGGUGACUGAUUAAAUGGCUGGGGAUGACUCAGUAGCGAGUCUCUACCGAUCGUUAGUGGAUCGGUGCUUGAGUCUGGAAGCGAGUCACGCUAAGCUGAGGGAAGAGUUUGAUGAGCUUGCGCAGCAAGAAAAAAGAAGCGAUGAAAAGGUCAUGCUGGCGUCAGAUUCCGGCUAUUCCACUUCAUAUUCUGUUGCUUCCACGUUUCCCGGAUACUUCUCCACCGGAAGCCCUUUUAGGAACGUGUUGGAAUCCGUUGGACAUGCUAUUCAUGUCUCUUCAGCUGCUUCGGGGAGGAUUACCUUUUGGAAUCGCUCAUCUGAAAAUCUUUUUGGAUGGAGGUCCAAUGAAGUCUUGGGACUAAGAGAUACGGCACUUCUAAUAGCGGAAGAAUAUCAUGCGCCCCUUAAAAAUAUUAUGGAGAAGUUGAUUUCUGGGCAAUCAUGGUCAGGUCAAUUCCCUUUCAAGAGGAGGUCAGGUGAAAUUUUUAUGGCUUUGGUGACCAAAAGUCCCUUGUACGAAGGUGGUCGUCUUACUGGUGUGGUGACAGUUUCAAGUGAUGCAUCCAUUUUUAAUGGUAUUAAUAAAGAGAAUUCGGGAACUUAUCAGGAUCAUAAUAGAUCGAGGAGGCUGAAGUCGAAAAACAUACAGUGGCAUCCACCACAGCCACAGAUUGCAUCGUCUGUUUCUAAUCUGGCUUCAAGAUUUCUACUCAAGAAACAAGAUGGUUUAAGCAAUUCAUGUAAUAAGUCAAGGGAACAAGAGGAUGGUGCAACAAGCAUAGAAGACAAGUUAGAGGCUCGUGAUACAGCUGAAGGUCAAUUUAACUCGAAUUUCCAUGAGUGGAGGAACACAGCUGAAAGAAUAAGCUCUAAAAAGGAUGACAAUGCAUUCGAUCUUGCUCAACCUUCAAAAAUUGCUGCAAAAGUCUUGGCAAAACUGCAGAUCAGGGGACCCAGCUACCACAGCAGCGAUGAUGAUGAAUGUCCUCAGAGAAAGGAUACAACUAGUAGACUGGCAACAAAUGAUGUGGCAGAUGAACAUAAUGUUUCUAGAGGUUUGAAGCCAUCAAUUCAGAAUCACUUUAGUGUUGAAAAGCGCAUAAGUCCAACGCCGCUUGGAGAUUCUUCAAGAGAGCGCAAUGGGAAGUUUUCAGUAAGUUGUAUGGGAGAAUCUACCGCAGGAUUAGCGAGCCGAGUAAAUGAAAAUGGAUCGGAGCCGGAGUUUCUAAAUAUGGAUGCAUCAUGGGUGGAAGAUGAAUUACAAAAGCAGACAGAUGGUAAAAGCUUAUCAAGUGUAGGGGAGAGCAUAGGAAGCCAAGAAAGUCAAUCAAGCAAAGGGGAUAGUGAGCCAAACUCUAUGGUUGAUUGUGAGAUUCACUGGGAAGACCUACAUUUAGGGGAGGAGAUUGGGCAAGGUUCGUAUGCAGUUGUUCAUCGCGGAAUUUGGAAUGGAUCAGAUGUUGCAGUUAAGGUCUAUUUUUCAGGUGAAUACGAAGAAUCAACAUUAUCAGACUACAAAAAAGAGAUUGAUAUAAUGAGAAAAAUAAGACAUCCUAAUGUUCUGCUGUUCAUGGGGGCAGUGUACUCACAAGAUCGACUUGCAAUCGUCACUGAGUUCUUGCCUAGGGGAAGCCUUUUCAAAGCACUUCACAAGACUAAUCAGGCAUUGGAUGUUAAAAGGCGCAUGAGGAUGGCCCUUGAUGUUGCUAGAGGCAUGAACUACUUGCAUCAUAGGAAUCCUCCAAUUGUGCAUAGAGACCUGAAGUCUUCCAAUCUCCUUGUUGAUAGGAAUUGGAAUGUAAAGGUUGGAGACUUUGGCCUCUCGAGAUGGAAAAAUGGAACUUUCUUAACCACAAAGACCGGAAGAGGAACACCUCAAUGGAUGGCUCCAGAAGUCCUGAGGAAUGAACCAUCAAAUGAGAAGUCUGAUGUAUUCAGUUUUGGAGUAAUCUUGUGGGAGUUGAUGACUGUCUCCAUUCCAUGGAACAAUCUCAACUGUUUACAGGUAGUUGGAGUUGUAGGCUUCAUGGAUAGGCGAUUGGAGCUACCCGAAGGCCUUGAUCCGCAUAUAGAAUCGAUUAUCCGUGACUGUUGGCAAAGUAAUCCAGAAAACCGACCAUCGUUUGAAGACAUAAUCUGUAGAAUGACCGGCAUUUUCCCGAAAUCUGCCGUAGGAUUGGGUCGAAGGUACUCGGAGCCUUGAAGCCGCAAUGGGGCUGGAGGACCAAUGCCACUCUUUCACUUGAUGGGGUAGCUUAGCUAUACUUUAGGCUAAUAGAA